AUGGUCGUGUCCCUCAGUUGCGACUCGUGCGGCUUCCAAGGACCUCAGAACCGUGUCACUUGUCUCUACAUCGGUGCGGGUGCAGCUGCACGGUCUGAGGAGCUGCUUGCCGCGGAGGCUGCAGCACUUCCUACUGUGCUGUGCAAUGCCGCGACUGCCAUUGAGGUUUGGCUCAGUGAAUCGGACCUGGGACUGGUGAUGCGAUUUGUCAACAGCGCAGAGGAAACGGUCACGGACCCAGAUGGAAAUGCUUCGGAGUCAGGUCCAAAGGAGAUGAAGGGCGUCCCUGCUGCGCCUGCCGCUGGACCGGCAGCAGUGCAACAGCCAGUGGCAGCAGAGAUCCGGCGCUUGCAUGCGCUUCUUCAGGAGGCCAAUAAGCACAAGGAAGAUAUCACGAAGGGCGUCCCAGCUGCGGCACCGGCUGUUGCAGUGGCAGCAGUGCGACAGUCAGUGGCAGCUGCUCUUGGAGGAGCCUCUGCUGAAAGUGCUUCCCAGGUUUGUGCGCUGCAGGCAGAGAUCCGGCGCUUGCAUGCGCUUCUUCAGGAGGCCAAUAAGCACAAGGAAGAUAUCACGAAGGGCGUCCCAGCUGCGGCACCGGCUGUUGCAGCGGCAGCAGUGCGACAGUCAGUGGCAGCUGCUCUUGGAGGAGCCUCUGCGGCAUCGCCACAGAUGUUCGACAUCAGCAGUGAUUUGGACUGCGGGUCCGAGGCGGCGACGACGCAGACGUUCGACAUCAGCAGUGAUUCGAACGAUGAGUCCGAGGAGCCGGUUUUGCCGGAGAUGCCCGUCGCGCCCCCUGAGGACAGCGAAGGUGAGAUGGAUCUUGUUUGCAGGUGCACCCCAGCCAUGCCCGAGCCAGCGAUUACUGUUUGUGUGGAAGGCAUGGCAUUUCAAUAUCAACUGGUGCACGAUGACCCCCACCAAUUGUUCAUGCGUUACGGAUAUGUCAAGAAAAUUUGCUUGUACGAGGCAGCCACCCGUGCCAUUAUGAUCUUCGAUCAAAUCCGAAGUGCUCAGGCAUGCAUUGAUGCCCUGAACGGCAAGGUGCCAACGGGUUUGAGAGGAACAAUGAGAGUCAACUGGGCGGGCAGCCCGGCCAUGGCUUUGAGCGCAGAACUCGAAGCAGUGCGACAGGAUAACAGGACCUUUUUUGUGGCAUUUUUCAAUUUGAUUUGCUACAACGGCAUUGACAUCUACGCUGCAGAGAAGGCAAAGGCGGUCGAGAGCACUUGCCAGGUUUCUGUGGUGGCAGAUCAAGAACGGAUUGCGAAAAACUGGUGUGGCAACUCUGCGUUGGGUGAAAAAGACGCUGAAGGCUCACCCUUCAAACGACAUUGGCAAGGUACAGGGGAAGGCUAUGGAACUUCCUACAAUGCCUGGCACCAGGAGCAGCCGUACGACCACGAUACGUACCAGCAGUGGCCCAAGUCUCCGAGACACAAGUCACCGUGGACAUGGGGCAAAGGAAAACAGAAAGGUCGAGGGAAAAGUCCCAGACCAAAGAAACCAAAGACGCCGCGCGGGGGGGAGAUUGCACAGCCUCCACCACCGCCAGGUGUUCCAGCGGUUCCUAUGGUUGCUCCUGGACUCUCAUGGAUGCAGGCGGCACAGAACAUACAAGUGCCUGCACCGCAGACUUCAGCAGAAGCCCAAGCGGCUCCUGCCCCGAUACCACCGGAGUACAAGUCGUUGAUCGACACACUUCGGAAGAAUCAAUCCAGAGGCACUUUGCCGGAGGAUGUGCAACAGGAAAUGAGAACGAUCCAAGUCAAAGAGGAAAAAAAGCAGAACAAAGAAUUGAACCAAGCAGUCAAGGGUUUGCGGAAAGCACGCAAAGAGCUGCAGGAUUCCUUCGAAGCUCGCUCACAGCUGCACAUGCAAUGCAGGGCUUUACGAGAUUGCGGAGUGGCAUCUCAAGCGGAGGGUUCUACAGCAGAUGUCGACCUUAUUUCGGAGGACGACACAUCCAAAGUGACAGACCGUGCACUGAAGAUGCAAGAUGGUAUGCAGAGCCUCACCGCAACAUUGGAGCAACUACAGCAUGCAGCAGAAGCGAUCCACGAAAGCGAGCAAGCCGCCAAAAAAGCCCGGCUGGACAGCCCGUGGGGUCAGGUCUAUGAGAUGCCACCGGGCUGGCCAUACACUCACCAGGUGUUGGAGGACCCUGCUGCGGGUGCUGCGCAGCUGGAGGCCGACGAAGUAGAGGCGGCUGAAGGCGCGCCAUUGCUUCCACAGCGAGGAACCCAAGGUUUUGUGGAAUCGACAACGGAGUAUGGCUCCGACAGCCGACAAAAGGCACUGUUCGACCUCAACCGAGACAAUCCCACAGACAUCCCGGAUGUGGCGCUUGAUCUCAUGUCUCCCAGCUGUGCUCUGGCGGCGCUACAAGAACGGCCCCAUGGUGAUGCGAUUUUGCUGGCCGGUCGAAGGUAUCCUUCUCUUGCAAAGCUACAGAGCACAGUGGCGGAUAUUGUCAUUGAGCAGGAGCCGGGGCAGCACCUCAGAUUCGAGGACGACGAAGACGCCAUGAAGACCUUGUUGAGCUUCCAUCCAGAGGGAGACAGGUUACUAGAGGACCUGGUGGCCAUCAAAGUGGACUCUUCCCCCGUGGACGAUGAUACGAGGUGUUUGUGGGUCAUCAAGUACGAUGGCUACGAGGAAGAUGUGAGCCUCAGGGCUUGCCUCGAAGGCAGGGAGACGCUUGGCUUGGAAAACGUGUUGAAUCUCGAAGACACCCAGACCAAGCAAGAAGGAUCCAUGGGUCGAAUGGAGGAGAGGCUCAGAAAGGAGAUGGCCACCACCACGAAGCCCUUUGAUGUGUGGUUCUCACUGAGGUGUCUUGGGCUCAUGACCUUUUUCGGCUGCAUGUCCGCCAUCUUCUACCCGGUCCUGUGGAUCGGUGUCAUCGUGCUGAGUCUGGUGCCGCAGAUCGGUCAGUUGUAUGCCCCACCCCUGGUGAUCCUAACGGCCUUCGGCACGGUCUAUGGAUUGCUGAUGAUUGCCAUCUACUACCUCAACACCCGAGUAGGCAUCUCGCUUCUCCACAUGGCCUGUAGCGUUUCCCUGGCGUGCCUUGGGCUCUUUGGCGCAACGAUGGCUGAGAAGAUGUUGGCCGAAAAUAGACAGGCCGAGAAGAACGGCAAGGUGAUGCUUCGCAUAGUGGCGCAGGGGAGGCCAGCUGUGAUCAUCCCAUGGACAGCAACCCCCCAUGUGGCG